CUCUUCCGUUUCCCUUCCUUUCAUCCUCCAUCCAUCCUCUCUAUUCCCAACAUUUCCAUCAACCCACGUUGCAGCUUUUAUCUCCACACGCUGCAAUCCAUAUCUAGCACGACAUUUUCGCUUCCUGCCCGUCGUCCAGAUUAAUCUGCCAGCUUCUGGACACCGUUACCUCCAGAAACAACCCCGUUCCAGCGUCGCGAUUCUCCGUGGCGCAACACCUGUAACACUCAACACUCUCGUGAAACCUUCAUCAACUACCGACACCCAACUCCUCCACGUUCUAUACUCCGCUUCUCACUAUGUCUGCCAAGUUGGACAAGUCUCUCGACGAGAUCCUCGUCAGCCGUCGCCAGGGCGCUCGCCGUCGCGCUCGCCGCUCGGCUCCCAACAAGGCUGCCAACGCUCCUGUCCCAGUCGGAGGUGUGAAGAAGACCACCAAGGCUGCCAAGGCGCCCGGAAAGGCUGUUCAGAAUGGACACCCGGUCUCUACGGAGAGCAAAAUCAUGGUCAGCGGCUUGCCUUCCGAUGUGAAUGAGGCCAAUAUCAAGGAAUACUUCACAAAGUCAGCAGGUCCUGUCAAGCGAGUCAUGCUCACCUACAACCAAAACGGCACGAGCCGUGGUAUCGCCUCGAUCGUGUUCAGCAAGCCCGAUACAGCUGCCAAGGCUGCUAAGGACUUGAAUGGACUCCUUGUUGAUGGCAGACCCAUGAAGAUUGAGGUUGUCGUCGACGCCUCCCACGCUCCUGAGGUCUCUGCCCCCAAGCCUCUGGGCGAGCGCGUUGCACAAACCAAGCCCCAACCGAAGCCCGCUACCGCUACCAAGGCUGCUGCUGGUGCCAAGGGCCGCAAGGGCCGUGCUCGUCGCCCUAACGGCCGUGGUAACCGACCUAAGCCCAAGACUGUGGAGGAGCUUGAUGCUGAGAUGGUUGAUUACUUCUCUACCACUAACGAGAAUGCUGGCCCUGCGGAGGGCAAUGCCCAAGCAAACGGUGCUGCCCCCCAGCAGCCUGCCGCUACCGGCGGCGAAGACCUCGGAAUGGCGGAGAUCUCCUAAAUGUCCCAUCUUACGUUUGACUCUACACGACCGCGUGAGUCAAUUGUAUCGACUGCGAAGGGCCAGGCUUUGACCGGCCACUCGGCCAAUCUUUACGCACUCUGGGUCUGCCGGUUGGAUUCGAGUUUCAAGCUUUCGUUAUUUCAUCAUUGCUCUUCGGAUAUGUCUUUCUAGUGUGCCCGGUUCCUUUUUUUCUUUUUUCUCUCAUAAU